AUGGCUUCUUCUCUCCUUCGAGCGCUUCGAAGAGCUUGCACAUGGAGACGAAACCCGAGAGCGUUAACCGCCGUCACUGCCACCACCCGUUUCGAAGCCAGAACGUACGCCGCACCACCAGAGCCACUGACCAAAUCGCCCUUCGAUUCCAACAUAAUUAGAAUACUCCGAAACGAAAUCGAGUACCAGCAAGAAUACGCACCACCACACCAGCCUGAGACUAAAUUCAAUUCGUUUACAGUUGAAGAGAGACGUGGGGAGCAAGUGGUUACGAUUAAUAGGAAGUUUGGGGAAUGUGAGGAUAUUAGAAUUGAGGCUACGAUGUUUGAUGGGUGUGAACAUGUUCCUGCGUGUGGGGAUGAUAGUUCUGGGGUGAAUGUGCGUCUUCACCUUAGUUUAAUUGUGGAUAUAUCGAAGGGAGAAGGUGAAGAUGAGUUAGAAUUCCUGUGCUCGGCGUGGCCUGAGUGUUUGAAUGUUGAGAAAGUUUACUUGUUAAAGCGCGGUCGAAUGGCGGCUAGGCCUUACAUUGGACCUGAUUUCAGGGACCUGAAUGCUAAGGUUCAAGAGAAGUUUUACGAGUACUUGGAUGCAAGGGGAGUGAAUGAUGAGCUUGCGGUUUUCUUGCAUGAAUAUAUGAUGAACAAGGAUAGAAUUGAACUUCUGCGAUGGAUGGACAGUCUCACGUCUUUUGUGGAAAGAUAG